AUGUCUAAUUCUGUUCAUGUUGAGCGGGCGAAGAAGUGGGACGCGAAUCCUUGGUUGGUCGAGUGGCUCGACAACACCGUGAAGCAUUGCAAAGGAAGUGGAAAGAAGUCAUUUGAAGCUUGGAUUCAUGGCCGAGUUGAAGGUCGAAAAAAGUUGAGUUAUUGUUUAGAUCCACCGGUACCGCUGCCUGCCGGUGGAAGAUAUCCUGGAAAAGGACUCGGAAACAAAAAGACUUGGAACAAAGCAGCUGUCGAGUUUGGCGUCAGUGACGAAACGCUCACACUUUACCACAACUAUGCUUCUACAAACGAUUGUUGUGCGCCACCGAGAACAAAACCUGCGCCGAAACGCCGACGCUUGGAACCUUCAAGCGAGUGGUUAGCUAGACGUCACGCCGCUCUAUUGGAAGGCUGCAAAAUACCCAAUCUCCAAUGGGAAACUGCAAGAGCUAUUGCUGUUUCAGAAUAUGACCGUACCCGAGACACAGCAGAAAUAUGGAGGAAGGACUUCGAACUCUUCCUGCGGAUCUAUGGCACCAGAAGGCGCAGUAUCAUACCUUCACCUCAAAUCCUUACUUUAGGUGCUGCAUACAUUGAAAUGCAUACCUCGGGGGACGCCUUUAUUAAUCUGAACUUCCAUCUUCAUAUGGCCAGCAACUUGUGGUAUUCCGCCAAGGAACUUUUUGAAGAUUUGGCACGCCGUGGUCUGUACACUCCGUUCUCGAUCGAGCGCGCUUACCGGAAAGACGAUGAUCUUAUGUGGAGGCUCUUCGCCUGUGGUGUACGAGCCCACAACUACAUGCAAAUGCUCUGGGUAAAACUUAGACAAGUCAUCACGUAUUGCGAGUAUUACCGUCCCUACUUCAAACGAUAUAGAGAUCAAACAGGCAUGUCCCACAUAGAAACCAACUACCAGUAUUGGAGCACGCACUCGUUGCAGACCGAACUCGACUGUCUCGUCAUUCAGUUCAUGGGAUCGGAGUCAAAUGGGUCCUCUGCCGUUGCAUUUCAUGACGGAAUUUCCCGUAAAUUGCAAGCUUCCCCUUCUGAAGCUACCAAAUUCAGCGCAGAGGCUUUUGAAGUGCUCGGUGAUUAUGCUGUUGCUUGUGAAUUUCAUGCAAAUAUGGUGAUGUCUCCAUUCGGUGAGACUCUUCGCCAAUACGCCUUCCAAAAAAGCGGGGACGUUAUUACGCAAGGCAUGUUGAGGUAUGUUAUUCCCAUGGACCCUGACAAGAUCGACUGGAAAUCCACGGUGGGAGGAAACUUUAAAUGGCACAAACAAGCGACCGAUCUGAACGACUAUGCGUCAAGUCAUUGGAGCAACGUUGUCCACGAAACCGGUGGUCUCAUGAUGCAGGCAUUGGGAAGAAUGUUUGAUGUUCCUCCAUGGCAGGCCGACGACGGCGUUCACAAGAUACUAACUCUCGACCAAUUGUGGAAGGAAGCCGACGAAUAUUUCUGGAAUGCGGCUCAUAGCGUCGACAGACCGAACGAAAAAGGACGGGUUGCGCGCGAGUAUGGAUUAUUGGACCCCAAAGGCAACAGGCCGUCUUUCAUGGAAACUUUUGUCCACAUGGCGCAAGCUCUAACGAUAGCUCAACAAGAGAGCGACAGGCUGGUCGAAAUGGAACCAACUUCCAGCCAGACUCCGCCAAAGACUUUCACGCCAUUUCCUACGUCGGUACCAUCUCAGUCCAGCGCUCAAUCUGGCCAUUCUUAUGUCAACGAGACUCAACAAUCGAGGCCCAAAGAGAAAACCAAAACCAAAGGUCCCCAGGCCUCCGAACCCAUCCUGGAAGAGAUGCCAGUUACAGAAGAAGUUAAGCUUGAACUGAACGAGUUUCCGGAUUUUCUACCUUCAUCUUUCGACUUGCCAAAGAAGAUACUCAAGGUGUUCCAGCGAAUCCUGGCUGUCGAUCCUGACACCAUGAACAUGGAGCAGAAGGACAACUCGAAAAGGGGACAUGUCCGAUGGGGAGACUUUGAACGUGCGAUGAAAAGGCUUGGCUUCGACGUAAUCCAGACCGCAGGUUCCUCUGUUCGGUUUGACCCUCCUGCAAAGACUGCACGACCAAUUUCAUUUCAUCGUCCACAUCCGGAUGCUGUCCUAAGCUCUCAUUUGUUAAGAAUUGUUGGUCACCGGCUAAGAAAGAGUUACGGCUGGACUCUUGAGACUUUCCGGCUCAGAGGAAAUGAUGAUGAUCUUGACUGA